AACUAGGAAGUGUAUGUAUCGGUAACUAAGGAAAGCUGUAGUAUUGAAGUGAGUAAAUUUAAGCUUUCUGUGCGUGAAAGCAAAACGUCGAUUGUUUUUUUAAUUAAAAGCCAAGGGGAGGCAAACCGAGGUACCACCGAGAGGUUCAUGGCUCUGCCGACACUUUCGACCCGUGUGCCCAGUCGAUCUCGGGUCCUGGCCGACCAGCUGGCCCGGCAGCGGGAGCAGGAGGCCCGGUGGCGGCAGCAGUGGGAGCUGCAUGCUCAGUACUUCAGAGAGCAGAGCAUCCGCAGCCAGAAACAGACGGUGUGGAGCUCCCGUCAAUCCUACCAGCAGAGUAUGUCAGCAUACCAUAAAGACAGACUGAAGGAAGAAGAAAAAGCCCACUUGGAGCAGCGCAGGAAUCGACUCAGGGCAAUGCUGCAAGAGGAGCAAAACCAGCUGGAGGCAGAGCUCCGAGAGAUGGUGCCCGACAGGAGCACGUUGGCAAGUCAGUUGGUGCAAAAAAGUGAAGAGCUUCGCACGGCAAGAGAAGAGAGAAGAAAAAAACUUGCACAGGAGCUGUUGAGGGAGCACUGGAAGAGAAACAACCAAGAGCUGAGAAGGCUGGAGUCAGCAUUACAUAAAGAUCACGUUGUCAGCCAAUGGCAGGAGCAGAUAUCUGAGAAGAAACAGAAAGAAGUGGCGUACCAGGAGGAGACGAGACGCUUUGAAAACGAGUACGAGAGGACCAGAAGAGAAGCUCUGGAGAGGAUCAAACAAGUGGAGGAGAAAAGGAAAGAGGAGGAGCGUAAGAGAGGGGAGGAGCUACGCAAGCAGAUGGAAGAACUGAAGCUGAGAGAAGAAGAGGCCACUCGUCUAAAAAAGGAGCAAGAGGCUCUACUGGUGCAGCAGUGGGAGCUGGAGAAGAUAGAGGAGGACAGGAGGAAGGCGGAGGAACAGAGGAAGAAGUUUGAGAUCGGGCGUUUCUUGAUCCGUCAGUAUCGAGCUCAGCUGAGAAGAAGAGCCCAGCAAGUGCAGGAAGAACUGGAGGCCGACCGUAAGAUCCUGGCAGCCUUGCUUGAAGGAGAGGAGGAGGACAGGAGGCUGGAGACUGCAAGAAGGGAAAGAGCUGUCGCUGACGCCGCCUGGAUGAAACGUGUGAUUGAAGAGCAGCUGCAACUGGAGCAUGAGAGGGAAGCUGAGUUUGAAGUCUUACACAGGGAAGAAGCUCAGCGUGUCUGGGAGAAACGAGAAGUUCAGUGGGAGAAGGAGAGGAAAGCCAGAGAACGGCUCAUGCAUGAGGUGCUUGCGGGGAGACAGCAGCAGAUAGAGCUCAAAAUGCAGAAGAACCGUGAGGCUCAGGAGGAAUCUCUAAAGAGACGAGAAAAGCUUAUCAAGGAGCUUGAGUGGGAGAGGGAAUUCAGACGUCGGGAAAAGGAGCAAGAAGAGGGCCGAAGGACAGCACGGAGGCAAGAGAUAAAUGCUCAGGUGGAGCAGCAACAAGAAGAGCAGUGGGAGGAGCGGUGUAGGAAAGAACAGGAGGAAGAGGAAGAACGGGAAGCCCUUCGAAUCCAAGAAGAGGAGCUGAGGCUUGAGAUGCAGAGGAUCGCCAAGAAAGGGUACCAGGACAAGAUUCACAGCAGGCCACGAUCAGCCUGGACAUGAGAGACCUGCCAGACUGAAGUGAAGCCGAACAUGAGCUGUUGUAUUUUUUCUGUUAGGAAUUAGCCUUAAAGCAUAUUUCAUGCUUUUUAAACAACCCUAUGAAGACAUAAAGGCCAUUUGUCACUGUAAUUAUGUUGUUGGUCAACACUGAGCAUGAAGCAUUAUGUGUUGUCAAAUGACUUCAAUGUGACAGAUGCACGAAGAAACUCUCCGUCCAAAUUCAGGAUAAAACCAUCCAAUUUUAAAGUUAAAAUAAAAGCUCUCACCCAUUGCAGUCUUUGAACUCAUCCUGUUGACGCAGGCUUGCAGUAGAAUUUUGUACAUCUUUCACUUCUGUUGUACAUUAGUGUUUUUUAACAGCCAAAAGAAAACUUUGUCCUUUGAAAGGAUAAAACGUUCAGGUAGGCCACAUGCGUCUCCUGUCAUGCCAUAUUGAUUAAAUUAAAUUUUCAUUUGUUGGACUCUAAUCAAUUUGUCUCUGCUCUUAGAGCUCUUGAAUGUCUAUAAAGUUUCUAUUCUGUGUGUAUUAAAGCUGUUGCAAUCAAA